AAUAUUACAACCGGUUUUUUUUUGUGAAGCCGUUAGUGAAAAUUAUCUUAACAAGCCGGGUUUUUUAUUAAAGUUUGAUGAAAUAUUUUUCUAAAUAGAAACGUUAAGCGAGAACAGGCAGCCAAUUACUGUUGGCCGUACCGAAAGCGACAGUAUCUGUCAGACACCUGACCCUGCAUUCAUUCAGCGGGUUGCCAGCUUGCAGAAGGUUUGGAAUUGAAGUUGAGAUUUAAGAAAAGCACGCAAUUCUUAAUUAAUUAAAUUACAAGUUGUAUGAUGGCAGGGCUUCUCUCUACGCAAUAUAAUUCCGCACGGAGUAAAUUACACCUGUUAAGAAACAACCCUGCCCUGUCAGUUCUAACGAGCACUCAACGUAAAUACAGCAGUAAGGAUGGAGCUGGGAUUGAGUAUUUACACAAAAGUGUCGUCCCGACCAUGCACUACCAGAAGAGUUUACCAAGGUUACCAGUCCCAAAAUUGGAGGAUACUAUACAGAGAUAUUUGGCAGCUCAAAGGCCCCUGCUGAAUGAUGAACAGUACAGUAAUACAGAGAAAGUAGCUCACGAUUUCCAGAGCGGUGCAGGCAAGCAGUUGCAUGAGGAACUUGUGGCCUUAGACAAGAACAACAAGCACACCAGCUAUAUAUCAGCUCCAUGGUUUGACAUGUACUUGUCUGCUCGGGAGUCUGUUGUGCUCAACUUUAACCCCUUCAUGUCCUUUAACCCUGACCCCAAACCCGAGUACAACGACCAGCUUGUGCGGGCCACCAACAUGGUGUGCUCAGCCGUCCGAUUCAUGAAGACCCUUCGUGCUGGUUUGCUGGAGCCGGAGGUGUUUCACCUUAACCCCGCCAAAAGUGACACAGAUAGUUUCAAGAGGCUGAUCCGAUGGGUUCCCCCCUCUAUCUCAUGGUUUGGAGCCUACAUGGUGAACGCCUAUCCUUUGGAUAUGUCCCAGUACUUCCGUCUCUUCAACUCCACACGUAUACCCAAGUACAAGCGCGAUGAGCUCCUCACAGACGACAAGGGCCGCCACUUGCUCGUAAUAAGACGAGGCAACCUGUAUGUGUUUGAUGCGCUGGAUCGGGACGGCAACCUGAUAAAGCCUGCUGAGGUUCAUGCUCACCUGAAAUACAUCUUGACAGACCCCACAGAAGCUCCUUCAUUCCCAUUGGGUGUUCUAACCAGUGAGAAUAGAGACACCUGGGCAGGCUUAAGACAAACACUGCUGGAUGCUGGAAAUGGCGAAGCUCUGCAGUUAGUAGACACCGCUUUGUUUUGCCUCUGCCUGGAUGAGGAGGUGAUGAGGGACCAUAUUCACAUCUCUCACAACAUGCUUCAUGGAGACGGCUGCAACCGCUGGUAUGACAAGUCCUUCAGUAUCAUUUUGGCUAAGGACGGACAGGCGGCCAUCAAUUUUGAGCACUCUUGGGGUGAUGGCGUGGCCGUUCUCCGCUUCCAGAAUGAAGUCUUCAAGGACACCACGGAAAAGCCACUGGUUGGCCCUGGCUCCCAACCCGCAUCCGUGGACUCUGCCUCUGCAGUUCGCCGAAUAGGGUUCAAACUUGAUGAAGAGUUAAAAGCUGGAAUCACAAAAGCCAAAGAGAACUUCCACGCCGCCGUGUCAAAGCUCACCAUCGACGCCAUGGAGUUCAAGAAAGGUGGAAAGGAGCAACUUAAGAAGAAGAAGCUGAGCCCGGAUGCCAUCUCCCAGCUUGCUUUCCAGAUGGGCUUCCUACGCCAGCAUGGCCAGACUGUCGCCACAUACGAGUCCUGUAGCACCGCUGCCUUUAAACACGGCCGCACAGAAACCAUCCGUCCCGCUAGCAUCCACACGAAGCGCUGUGCCAAGGCCUUCGUCCAGCAGCCCGGACAGCACACAGUGGAGCAGUUACAGGGGCUGUUGAGUGAAUGCUCCAAAUACCAUGGGCAACUCACUAAAGAGGCGGCCAUGGGUCAAGGGUUUGAUCGCCAUCUUUUCGCCAUGCGCUACCUAGCUAAUUUGAAAGGAAUGGCACUGCCCAGUCUGUAUCAGGACCCUGCAUAUGCCGCCAUAAACCACAACAUCCUGUCCACCAGUACUCUCACCAGCCCAGCGGUCAGUCUGGGCGGGUUUGCUCCUGUGGUGCCUGAUGGUUUUGGAGUGGGCUAUGGUGUCCAUGAUGAAUGGAUCGGAUGCAAUGUGUCCAGCUACCCUGCCAGAAAUGUUCAUGAGUUCCUUAAGUGCGUUCACAAGUCCUUGGAAGACAUUUUUACAGUCCUUGAUGGAAAAUCCAUUCAUUGAAAGUGCACUUAAUAUUUUGAAGUUUAUUAAAGCACUUAACGUAUGGGCUAGUCUGAAUGUAGUGCAUUUAUGUUUUACUUUUAUUAGAUAAGGUCUCAAUGUUAUUAGGUCUGUAGGUUUAAGGUAGAACUAAUAAGCUUUGCACAAACGUGAUUGCUUGAUUUUAAACUCAUACUAGAGUGAUUGAUCCAGAGAACUGAUUAUUGGUUGUGGGGUGUAGGCAAUUUUAUCCUAAAAACUAUUCUUUUUAAAAAUGUUGCUGUGUAUUUCCCCCAUGUUCAAUUGUCAGUUUAUUAAAUGGCAAUCAUCUGA